AUGGCCUGUGUUGGAGUAGAAGAACAUCAUGCUGUUGACAUUGACCUGUAUCACUGUCCCAAUUGUGCAGUUUUACAUGGUUCCUCCUUGAUGAAAAAGAGGAGGAACUGGCACAGGCAUGACUACACAGAAAUUGAUGAUGGUUCCAAACCAGUGCAAGCUGGAACUCGAACUUUUGUUAAGGAAUUACGUUCUCGAAUCUUCCCAAGUGCCGAUGAAAUAAUUGUAAAGAUGCAUGGCAGCCAGCUGACACAAAGAUACCUGGAGAAACAUGGAUUUGAUGUCCCUAUAAUGGUCCCUAAAUUAGAUGAUCUAGGACUCAGGCUUCCUCCACCUACUUUUUCUGUGAUGGAUGUGGAACGUUAUGUAGGUGGUGACAAAGUGAUAGAUGUCAUUGAUGUGGCAAGGCAGGCAGACAGCAAAAUGACACUUCACAAUUAUGUUAAAUACUUCACGAAUCUUAACAGACCAAAAGUGUUAAAUGUGAUCAGCCUUGAAUUUUCAGAUACAAAGAUGUCUGAAUUGGUGGAGGUCCCUGAUAUAGCCAGAAAACUUUCCUGGGUGGAAAAUUAUUGGCCAGAUGAUUCAGUGUUUCCCAAGCCAUUUGUUCAGAAAUACUGCUUAAUGGGAGUUCAAGACAGCUAUACAGAUUUCCACAUUGACUUCGGUGGAACUUCAGUCUGGUACCAUGUCCUCUGGGGUGAGAAGAUUUUUUAUCUGAUAAAGCCAACAGAUGAAAAUUUGGCACUCUAUGAAUCUUGGAGUUCAUCUGUGACCCAGAGUGAGGUGUUCUUUGGAGAUAAGGUGGAUAAAUGCUACAAAUGUGUGGUAAAGCAGGGACAUACUUUAUUUGUUCCUACAGGGUGGAUUCAUGCUGUGCUUACUUCUCAGGACUGUAUGGCUUUUGGGGGGAACUUUCUGCACAACCUUAACAUUGCCAUGCAGCUCAGGUGUUAUGAGAUGGAGAAAAGGCUAAAAACACCAGAUCUUUUCAAAUUCCCUUUCUUCGAAGCCAUAUGUUGGUUUGUAGCCAAAAACUUGCUGGAAACCCUUAAAGAAUUGAAAGAAGAUGGUUUCCAGCCUCAAACUUACCUAGUACAGGGAGUGAAAGCACUGCAUACUGCUUUAAAAUUAUGGAUGAAAAAAGAACUUGUAUCUGAGCAUGCCUUUGAAAUUCCAGACAACGUUAGACCUGGACAUCUUAUUAAAGAACUUUCUAAAGUAAUUCGAGCAAUAGAGGAGGAAAACGGCAAACCAGUUAAAUCUCAGGGAAUUCCUACUGUGUGUCCAAUUUCACGAUCCUCAAAUGAAGCAACUUCCCCGUACCAUUCCCGACGAAAGAUGAGGAAACUUCGAGAUCACAAUGUCCGAACUCCUUCUAACCUAGACAUCCUAGAGCUCCACACAAGAGAGGUCCUCAAAAGAUUAGAGAUGUGUCCAUGGGAAGAGGACAUCUUGAGCUCUAAACUGAAUGGAAAAUUCAACAAGCAUCUCCAGCCAUCUUCCACGGUACCUGAAUGGAGAGCAAAAGAUAAUGAUCUACGAUUACUGCUGACAAAUGGAAGAAUAAUUAAAGAUGAGAGACAGCCCUUCGCAGAUCAAAGUCUUUAUACAGCAGAUAGUGAAAAUGAAGAGGAUAAGAGAAGGACAAAAAAGGCAAAAUUGAAGAUAGAAGAGAGUUCAGGAAUAGAGGGGGUAGAAAAUGAAGAAUCUCAAAAACCAGUUAACAGGUUUUUUACAAGUAUAAAAUCAGAACUCAGGAAUAGAUCAUCAGAAUAUUCUGAUAUUUCUGAUUCAGAAGACUCUGGACCUGAUUGCACUGCACUGAAAAAUAAUUUUACCACUGAAGAGUCUGAAAGUUCAGGUGAUGAAAAGAAACAAGAAAUAACAUCACACUUUAAGAAGGAAUCUAAUACGAUGAGGAACUUCCUUCAAAAGAGCCAGAAACCAUCUAGAAGUGAAAUUCCAAUUAAAAGGGAAUGUCCUACCUCGACGAGCACAGAGGAAGAAGCUAUUCAGGGCAUGCUGUCUAUGGCAGGGUUGCACUAUUCCACAUGUUUACAAAGGCAAAUACAAAGCACAGACUACAGUGGUGAAAGAAACUCUCUCCAGGAUCCCAGCAGCUGCCACAGCAGUAACCAUGAGGUUAGGCAGUUGUAUCGCUAUGAUAAACCAGUGGAAUGUGGAUAUCAUGUCAAGAGUGAAGAUCAAGACUCUAGGACUUCUUCCUGGAUAAAACAAUUUGAUACAACUUCCAGAUUUAAUCCUCAGGAUCUAAGUAGAAGCCAGAAAUGCAUCAAAAAGGAAGGUUCAUCAGAAAUCAGUCAGAAGGUACAAAGUAGGAAUAGUGUGGACAGCAGUGGCUCCAGCCUUCAGAAUGGAAAGUAUAUGCAGAAUUCAAGCUUGAUUUCGGGGGCAUGCCAGAUAAGUAAUGGCAGUCUAAGCCCAGAGAGGCCAGUUGGUGAAACUUCCUUCUCAAUACCCCUUCACCCCACCAAGAGACCUGCGUCAAAUCCACCACCUAUCAGCAACCAGGCAACGAAAGGUAAACGUCCAAAAAAAGGAAUGGCAACAGCCAAACAACGUCUUGGGAAGAUCCUUAAGUUGAACAGAAAUGGCCAUGCCCGUUUCUUUGUGUGAUAGAGCUGCCACUGCAGCCACUCUUGCCUUUGGAGACCAGUCUCGGGGGUGCAGGAGCCUGGAGCAGUCUGCGUGUACAGUAAGGACACUGCCCGAGGAACAGAAGGAGCCGCUGCUGCGUUUUCACUGUGCCACGCCCACUCAGCAAUAACCAGUAUGGACCUACCUGGUGGGGGAGAGGAAGGAGGAGGGUGGAACCUUAAAAAGAGACCUCGAACUGGAAAAGGUCUCUUGUCAGGGCUUGAAUUUCAUUUUGUCAUUAGUAGUGUCUUGAUUUAAUUUCAGUGGUAGGGUAAAGAAUUAUCAAUAAUUUAUUUAACAGAUUUUUUUUAAAGUUAACAGCUUUUAAAUUCUUUCUUUUUUAAAGCUAUUUAUUUGGAAGAUUUCUGAAGAAAUAUCUCACUAAUUUAGAUUUAAGAAUGUGAAGGUUUUUAAAUUAUUUUUGAUAGUGUGUGUGUUACAUGUGGGAAAGAGCCACAGUAACAGUAACUAGUCUGGACUCUUAAAUUUGAUAUUCAGGUUAAAGUCUUAAACAGGGAUUUGAUGCAUUAAUUAUUUUAAAUUAAGAUGUAUAUGAAAAUCAUUUUAUUUUAUAUAUUUCAUGUGUUUUUUAUAAGCUAUUAGCUUCGCUUUUGCUAACAUCCAAGGUGCAUACUGUUAUCCAGGUUGAUUACCUUCUGUCUCACCUUCCCUCUGCACUCCUCAUCAUUUUGUGACGACCCAACAAGACUUCUCGUUGCAGGGAAACACUUUCGUAGCCAAUGUGUAAGAACUCCAUAAAAGAUCCCUCAUUUCCCACUUAGUUUGACAUUGUGAUUUUCUUCUAAAUACAAAAAUAUGGGCUUCUUGCAUUUUCAUUUUGCUGAUGAUAUCUGGGUCCCAAAGAGAACAGCUUUAAUAUCUUUUUCCUACUUGUGGAAAAAGUAUUAAAGUUUGGUUAAAUUGUCAUGUUUGUGGUUUUUCCAAAUACAUGUGUAACUAUGGAGAGCCUUCUUCAUACUGCUGGUUUUGGAGGACAGGACCGAUGCCUGCUACAAAGGUUACCUCUCACAGUGCUUUUUAUUCUUUAGACCUAAUUUGUUGGAAAAUAUGAUUUGACUUAGGAUAUUCAACUCUGCAUAAUAAGCCGUAAUAUAAUAGGACUAUACUAUAUUAAGUUGUAUAGAAGCAAGCAUGUUGGAGUAGAUCUUUUGUGUGUGUGUUUACUUUUUAAUUUUUAACCUUCUAAAGAAUUAUUUAUGAUAUGGAUUUGAAGUAAAAUAGGUUCUUUUUGCAGUUUCUUCCAUCUGUCCUAACUUGACCAGUGCAAAUUGAGGUUAGGUAUCUGGUUGAACUUUAAGGUAAUCAUUUAUCUCCUUUAUGUUCAAUUUUAACUAAAUGCCAGUUUUCAGUUGCUUGUAAUAGCUUCUGUUUCCCCCUUUUCUCCCCAUGGCAUAAAAAUAAAUUAUUUCUGGGGGUGGGGUGGAAAUAUUCCCAAAUCUGACAAUAGAGCAUUUUACAAAUUCCUACUAAGAAAAUACAGGCAAACAGAAUAAAAUUAAUUUUUGUGGAGAAGAAAUAUGGCCAUAUUACAGAUUUGUCUUUUUUUAUUCAGCAAGGUAGUGGGACUUUCCCUUCUAUAUUAAGCAACACUUAAAUUGCUAAGGAAAAAAAUCAAUACCAUUGUCUUUCAUGGUUCUAUUCAAAUGUGUAUUUUCAAAGAGAAAUAUUUCAUACUCUGUUUCCAUUCCAAUAUUUUAUGGGAUAAGUAUGAAAUAGCUUCUGAAUCAGCCUUUUUGGUCCAGAGUAACUGGACCCAAAUUGGAAUCUUAUCUGGGUGUUAAGAAGAAUUUUUAUGGAAAUCCUCAAUGUCUAUAAGUGGCCUACUUAAACCCUUGUCUACACUAUGCCAAAACUUAGCAGAGAGUACAGUCAGUCUUCGAGUGGUCAUCUUAUGUCAAGAUGCAGACAUAUGGGUUUGACUGAUUCCCCCACCUUUUCACACAGUAUAUUACUAUGAUGUCUUAGUUUUCAGUAUACUGUUUUAGUGUUACAACAUAUGUACUUUUAUUUUGGCUUAAGAAAUAAGUACUAUAAUUUCUUUUUCCAUUUACAUCAUGAUC